AGUCUAUAUCGCAUUUGCAAUGAUGUCGCUCUCUACUCGAGUUGGAUUAGCAUUUGCUUAUCCGAAUGUCGAAUCAAGGAUCUGCACAUAUCAGCCGCCCAUGUGGAUGAUACUGGCCGGCAUCUUCGGCUCUCUCCUGGGAUGGGUCGGCACGGAACUGCGUGCAUGGUGCUAUAAGGCACUGGGCCAAUAUUUUACGUUCCAUUUGGCAGUGCAAGAGAACCAAACGCUAAUCACGACGGGACCUUACACAUAUCUCCGUCACCCAGCCUACCUUGGCGGUUGCUUACAGUAUCUCAGCAUGUUGCUGACACUUAUUCUGUGCAAUCCGAUUUCAAUGUGCUGGGGUCGCCAUCUCCUCAAGUACGGGCCGCAGAUCGAAGCAGGAUUCAUGCUCUUCUUCUUUGUCGCACCGUGGACAGCGUACUUCAAACGGGUGGACGCGGAGGAAAAGAUGUUGAAAGCGAAGUUUGGUAAGGAGUACAUAGAGUGGGAGAAAAGAACCUGGCGCCUGAUCCCGUAUGUUUAUUGAGGUUUAUGCAUUCGCUUAACCCUAGGGUCUGCAAUUGAAAGACAG